AUGUUUGGAGCUCAGGUACCAUUAGGUGCGGGCAUAGCAUUGGCUCAGAAGUAUAGGGGAACCGAUGGGUUAACCAUUGCUCUGUACGGCGACGGCGCCGCAAAUCAGGGACAAGUGUUUGAAGCCUAUAAUAUGUCCAAAUUAUGGUCACUGCCAGUGAUAUACGUUUGCGAGAAUAACGGCUACGGAAUGGGAACGUCGGCCGAAAGGGCGGCCGCCAGUACUGACUACUAUACUCGCGGCGAUUAUAUACCUGGCCUUUGGGUCGACGGUAUGGAUGUCUUGGCUAAGCGACUCGUUUUCUGGCGGAUCUGUGCCGCAAAGGGAAGGGACCGUUCGUCAUGGAAGUGGCCACUUAUCGAUAUCACGGGCACAGAUAUGUCAGACCCGGGAACCAGUUAUAGGACGCGCGAAGAGAUUCAGGAAGUGAGACAAACGCGUGAUCCCAUCACUUCGUUUAAGGACAAAAUAAUAAGCACUGAUUUAGUGACGAUUGAAGAGUUGAAAGAUAUCGACAACAAGAUUAAGAAAGAAGUGGACGACGCGGUGGCGAUCGCCCGCUCGGAGCCAGAGAUAGGCGCUGAGGAA